GUUUGAAUGUUGCUCUCCAAUUUUUGACAAAUUUUUCCAGAUUUUCAGUGAAAUUGCUUUUUAAACUGGAGCCGUUUUCAUUCAAAACGUGAAUUUGCAGAAACGAAAAUAAAGUUUAGAUUCUCAGGUUUAGUUUCACCAAAGACGUUUCAGCAUGAUUAUCGAUGGCCAGAAAUCCACUAGCAAAACUACGCUGCUCAAGUUGAUGUUGAUGCGUGCCUGGAAAGAACGCUGGACCGAUUGUCAGUGGGGGAUCAACGUAAAAACGGUGCUGACGCGUGGUGUCAGCGGUGAUGUCUACAACCUAGCGGAUUGUAUCGUACAGCAGGCCGUCGUGGGAUCUGGCGCAAAUACGCUGUUCCUGUCCUAUUUGAAGCACUCGCUGUGCGCCCACCUCAUCUCCUAUGCAGCCGUUUUAAAGCGUAUCUCAAAGUAUGAACAUUUUGAGAUGUCUCACUGUUUGAUCGCAUUGCUUGAAUUUCUCGAAUCCAUUAUCGGAGGCGUUACCUGCCGUGGCAAGCAGGAGGAAAACCUACUGACCAAUGCGAUGGUUUCGUUGGUCUUUUGGUUGAUGCAAAUCUACGAGCACACGAUCGAAACAUUCAGCGAGAACCGCACAUUGACGGCCGAACAGCAGGAAGUGGUCGAAAAAAUGGCUCACGUCCUGGAGCGAAUUGUUCAGAGUCAGUUUCUGCUGGGAGUUGUGUAUGUUGGUCGGUUUGAAGAUCCCGAUAUGUUUAGCAAGCUGGAAAAGAAGUGUGCUGGCAUCGACAAUAUUACGGUUGCUUCUGGGUUCGUUCCCUUACCGGUCAGUCAGAAGAAUACCACCGUUAACGAUUACAUCCGUAAGUUGGCUUGCAUCGAUUGCGAGACCUUAGAUAUGAAAGAAUUUGAUAGCAAGAGUGUUGAGGCGAUUUCCUACUGUUUACAACCGCUAAUAGCGAUUGAUUUCAUCCUCAGUCCAAAUUGCGACAACCAAACUUAUGUGUCGAAAUUUGUUGCAAUUCAACGGUUGAAGGGAUACUCACUGUCCCGGUUGUACUACGAAGUCAUCCGUGCCUGUUUGGUAUGCCUCAACAACGUGAAUGGAACUUCCCGGGAGCUGUUUGUCUGUGCUUUCACAUUCAUCAAAGUUCCGCACAUUUUGCGGCAAAUUCAUUUUCAAUCGCGCCUAUUGAAUCCAAACGAGUUCGAAGAUGCCAAACUUGAUUAUUCACCGGAAAUUGUCGAAGCAUUUGAACUGUUGCUGCAGGAUGCUCCAAUUUUAGAUUUUGUGGACGCUAGAUGCGUGUGUAACACGAUCGAGUGUCUCCUGAAUGAGAUGCUGAAGCACCAUCUGGUCAACGAACACUAUCUGAAGAUGAUUGUUGAAAAAAGGGGCAUGAUUACUGCCGGACUGCAGAAGCUAGAGUUGACCACCAAUCAGCAUUCGAUUGUGAAGUACGUUUAUAGAGCAGAACCGCCUCUGGUGGGUAUCCUGAAAACACUCAAUGCCGAUUAUAACAAAAAGCAGGAAGCAAUGCUGGGAGUUUUAUGCCAAGUGUUGUCUGGUAACAGCCUUGAACUGAUCCUGUCGGUGGCCACCAUGGAAGGGAAACUAAAAACGUUCGUUUCCGGACUGAUUAAGUGCAACGAAAACUCCAAGCAAGUGCCGGGAGAAAUGGGCAAACCGGCUAUGACUCGUGCCGCUCUGUUCGAUGUAACAUUCCUGAUGUUGACCUUCAUUGUGCAGCACUACGGAUCGGAGGUGGUCCUGAAUGAAAAUAGUGAAUCCUUCUUCGAAGAUUGGGUCCGCAAGUGCAUGAUUGAGAAGCACAAAUCCAAAUCACCCAUGGCAAUGGUUAGGUUGUGCGACCAGAACAAGGUUGACGAGCUGAUUGUGAGUCUCAAUUCGCCGGAAGGACUGAAAGCGACUACGCUGAAGUGGCAAGAUAUUUGUGCUAACAUUCCGGGAUUGCUGUAUCAGGUUCUGCUAGCGUGGGAAAACGAAACUCUUUCCACUGGAGAAAUCAAGAAAUUUUUGGAUAGUCUGAAGUCUCGGUUCUGUUGUUUUUCAAUCUGUGCAGCUUCUUGGCUGUGCGCUUACAUGCAAAUCGUCCGCCAGGACGAGCUGCUGAAGCCAAUGAACAUGGUACAGCAGUUUCAGACGGCCGUUAAUAGCGAGGACAUGUUGCAGCAGGAAAACCUCAAGGAACGGCUAGUAUUGACCGUACAGAUAGUGCGUAAAAUGCAGCAGGACUUUCAACGUUUACCGGGAGCUAGUUUGAAGUUAAGAAGUAUGUUCCAGUCACAAAACCUGGUAUCGCAAGCUCCAUUGGAGGAGCAAUUUGAGGAGGUUUGGAAAAAUGUGGUGGAGCUAGGCUGGUUGCCGAUCGAUUCAACAUUGAUUUUAGAGAAUCUGCUCCAAUCCUGUGGACCUUUUUGGUUGGUCGAUAAGCUUGUGCAGCAGAUUUACCACUGCAAGUAUGUCAGGGAUAUGAAAAAAACUAUGGACAUCGUUUUUGCUAUCAUGCAUCUGGAUAUCGAAAGAUGCACCAUUGCUUUACUGUCGCAGCUUGUGCCUAUGAUGUUGCUGAAUAAACUUCAAAUCUCAGAAAUCAUCGACCCGUUUUCUCGUGUGCUGGCGAAACUGUGCGUCUACUGCAUCAUUGCCACAAUGGAAAUUCCGGUACCACUGACGAAAAAACGGUCCCGUACGGCACUGAUCGCCUCCGGCGAAUCGGAUGAACUUGACGCGCUCUGUCCGAAUGCGAAAAUGCGCAAAAUUGGUUCCGAAUCGUGUGAUUCCAGCUCGAGCGACUUCAUGCUGGAAAGUGCCCUGGCUGCCCGGGAUGGGCCCGGCAACCUGAAGGAACCACUGCAGAGUUGCCUUCAGGCACUGUUCAAAACGUUCGCGCAGUACAUUGUUUCGGACGAACUUUCGCCGAAGAUUUUCUUUAUGUUCCAGUUUCUCUCGCUGCUAGUCGAGGUAGGCAGCGAAAGAAUCAAACCGGUUCUGAAGUUGAUCCCGAACGGAUUGAUUCAAAACAUGUUGAAGAUUAACGCCACCGAUGAUAUGACGGUUGGGUUUAUCUUGAGAUUAUAUGACCUCAAUACAGCAUCGGGCCGACAAUUUGCAAUGUCAGAUUUAUGUUUAUUCCGAAACAUUCAUAUGCGCAAGGACAGUAUAAAAUUGUAAGUACCUACUUAUUUAUUUUCAGUUUAUUUUUACAACUGGACAAAA